GGGUUUCAUGACUGACAGGCCCAAGGUCCUAUGGGGGAUGACUAACGGACCAACUGGAGCUGGGAAACCCACCCAAAGGCAAUUAAGGGUAAAGGACGACAAAAAAAUAUUUGAUAAACUUUUUUUUUCUUCCCUCCUCCUCCUCUCUCUAUCUUGAACGGAGAAGAGGAACAACAAGAAGUGGGACAAGACGAAAGAAUAGGAAGUUUUCAGGAAAAGUGAUGGAGUUCAAAUGAAAGGCGGACUAAAUCUGGGAGUUAUGUUUCGGGAGAAAAAAAAUCUGUCAGAUCUCAUGGACGAAGAUUUGAUCUGGACCGCAAGGCAUGAAAGUUGAAAAAGUUGCAGACAUCCGAGCAAGAAGGAGGAAUCAUCGCGGGGGGAAAAGUUGCUGAAGAUACACCAGAAUCAAGAGGAAGAUUUGCGCAAUGACGCGCACAUAGGAAAGUUUUGGGAAUAUCUCGGUUCUUUUUUUUUUUUUAACUGUUUCACGGACAUUAAAGUCGCUUGAAAGGAUAAGAUUGUAUCACUCUAUCUGUAUCCGGGGGGAGAUGGGGGCCGCGCCGGGCUCGGGCUGGGAGGAAGGCGAGUUCGAGUUCAAGUUGGUGUUUGAGGAGGACCCUCCGCUCCGGCAGAGCCAGGGGCAAUCCCCGGCGCGCGUAGCCGAUCCGGAACGCUCCGUUCCCGGGGAGGAGGGUGAGGGAGCCCUGCUGCACCUGGAGCCCUCCAACAGCAUCAACAGCAGCAGCUUGGUUACAGAUAACCACCUAGAUGGCAAUCAUUCAGGACACUCAAUCAGCAUCCCCAGCCCCCCGCCAUCGGCCAAUCAGAGGGCUGGGAUGCAUUCCCCGCCACCACGAAGGGCCCCCGUCAGAGAGUUCAGUGGGACCUACGAGAGCCUGCCGGCACGCUCUGUACAGGUGAAGCAGCUUGUUUACAAACCUCAGAAUCCGUCUGCGGAGGUUUCGGAGUCUCGUGUGGUCGAGUGUCCCAGUAUCCAGAUAACGACUAUUUCCCCUGAAGACGACCCGGCAUCCAACAUUUCCAGUUACUGGGACAUGGGUGGUGGCGGUGGUGGCUGGGACCGCGAUCGCCUCUACCUCCCCCUGCUGGACCCCUUCAGUUACCGCGACAGAUGCCCCGGCUCCCUCAGCCCGAGCCCCGCCUCCAGCCCCUCCUCCCGUGGCUGGCUGAGCCCCGCCUCCAGCUGUGACUCCCUGCUGGUGGAGGAGGAGGAGCUGAACGACGCCGCCAUCAAUUUCGGGCUCUCGCCGUCCUCAAGGCCGACUUCUCCUGGAGGUAAAAAGCGCAGAAACUCCCCGCUGGCCUCGCCCUGUACAUCACGGAGGGGGAGUUACUCAGACGACCUGCAGGGAUGCAACCUGGAGGGCGGAGACUCCAUCAGUCUGUCGCAAGCUCCGCCCAGCAGCUGCGAGCUCAGCAUCCCGCAGAAAACCCGGAAGACGUCGUUGGAGCAGCUGUCUCCCAGGGAGGUGGAUCAGGAGCAGGCUCCAGGACACGGCUCCCCCUGCCUGCUGACUGAGACACAGCAGACCAGAAGAGAGCCCCCUUCAGUGGGCAUGGACUACCUCUCUGUGCCCCCUGCUUUAGCCUGGGGCAGGACCCGAGCCAGCGCACACAGCCCUCUGUUCAGGUCCAGUGCUCUGCCGCCUCUCGACUGGCCGCUGCCGUCCCAGUUUGACCAGUACGAGCUGCGCAUCGAUGUGCAGCCCCGCCCACACCACAGGGCGCACUACGAGACGGAGGGGAGCAGAGGAGCCGUCAAAGCUACGCCGUCAGGACAUCCUGUCGUCAAGCUGUGUGGAUACUCAGAGAGGAAGCCGCUCUCCCUUCAGGUUUUCGUUGGAACAGCUGACGACCGAUCGAUCAGGCCACAUCCUUUCUAUCAGAUACACAGGGUGACGGGCAAGAUGGUGGGCACUGCUAGUCAUGAAAGCGUCCAGGCGGGGACCAAAAUACUCGACAUCCCCCUCAACCCUGAGAACAACAUGACCGCGCUCAUCGACUGUGCUGGGAUUCUGAAGCUGAGGAACUCGGACAUCGAGCUAAGAAAAGGAGAGACGGACGUUGGACGUAAGAACACGCGUGUACGGCUGGUUUUUCGUACCCACCUCCCUCUAGCGCCUCCUGUGGCCCCGCCUGGUCGAGUCCUGGCUCUGCAGGUCGCCUCCCAGCCCAUCGAAUGCUCCCAGCGAUCGGCUCAGGAGCUGCCCGUCAUCGAGUCCGUCAGUCUCACGUCCUGCUCUGUGGAGGGAGGGGAGGAGCUUCUGCUGAGCGGCAACAACUACCUGCCAAUCUCCAGAGUCCUUUUCAUGGAGAGAGGGACAGAUGGUAAAUUGCAGUGGGAGGAGGAGGCUCAUGUUGACCGAGACAACAGCAACGAGGGUUUGUUGUGUGUGAGGGUACCCGCCUACAGCGACCUGUCCGUCAAUCGACCUGUGUCCGUUAGUCUUUACGUCUCCAACGGGAAGAGGAAAAGGAGCAGCACUCACUGCUUCAAGUAUCUGCCCAUUAUGUUUAAAGAGGAGGACCCCCUGCUGUCCCGGCCCUCUGCUCUUCCCCUGCAGGGGGGGUCUGUGUGUCCCGUGGGGGAUCAAACCAGGAUGGAUCGGGGCUUCCACAUGAGAGGCGACCCCAUGGCUGAUGAUCGAGGCCUGGGAUUCCACCUGCCCCCCUACCCCUCCACCUACUCACCCCCCUGCCCGUCCAUGAGUUACCAUGACGACUACUGCUCGAAACCAGACUCUGUGCUGGAGGAUCCCGGCGGGUCCAGGGCGUCUCUCUCUGAACGUCACCCCAGCUUCGAGAACCUGGAGCUGGGCUUCACCGAGCUCCUUCCUCCCUUGUACCCCCGCGGCCCGCAGCCUCCCUCCCCGUCCCCCUCACCGUGGCUGGACUCACCUUACCUGUCCUCCUCGCCCUCUCCCUCCCACUCCUCCUCCCUCAGCCCGUUUCCAACCGGCAGUCCCAUCUCCACCUCCCCUCUGCCCCCCUUCCCGACCUCCCCGUACCCCCAGUACUCCCCGUAUCCUCAGGAGGUGUGUCCAUCCCCGCCGUCCAACCUCAGCCCGUAUCAGGACAUCUGCCCAGCGCACUACUCCCAAUACGACGGCUGGGACCCCCAGGGAAGGGUGCUGGGGACAGGACAUGGGGGAGAGAGGGAUGCCAAGAUCCAGGAGUUUCCUCUGGAGUUCACCAGCCCUACAUCUAUGCACCACAUCACGUUUGAGGAAGUGUCAGAGUUCAUCGGCGAGGACAUCCAGUCCUACCAGUCAGGCUCACAGAUGGACAACCGGCCUAACUGACCUCUGAGCAGCUCAUGACCCCCCUCUCCCCCCCCCUCUGGUAUUCAGCAUAACUUAAAAUCCACUAUGCACUUGCUAUGAAGAUGCAUUGAUGCAUGACUGAUCAUCAGGACACUGUUGUAAUUAUGACCACAGGUAACUGUUUUAUAAAGGGAAACUCAUGUUUAUAACAUGUUUUCAAUAUAAAUUAUACAAGAAAGUG